UGAUGUUGCAGCAAUUUUGAUUUUUUAAGACUGAAUCAUGGCAAAAAGGCUGUACAAUAAGUUCAUAGGAGGCGGAUCGGGAGGUGCUACAGAAGUCUGCCUAUUUUGUUUAAGAGAGAUUAAAACUACUGAAGACAAAGAAAGAGGCAAUCUCCAUGAGAGGUGUGCUGUGCUGGAUAGUAAGCGUGCCCAAGUACUGAACUACACUUCUGAAGAGCAGGAUGAAAUUCGAAAUCUCCGUCCCUCUGAGUGGACAAGGAUCAUGAAAGAGAUCAGCAUAAAAGAGAUGGAGCAGAUACAAUACGAGCAUUCCAAAGAAGAAAAGAAAAUACGGGGAGACCUUGAAUUCCGUGAAAGCAUAAUUGAGAAGAAAAAAGAAGAGUUAAAACACCUUCAUGAAGAUAGACUCGAGGAAAUUGAAGCUGGAGCAGAGAAAAGAAUAGAAGACCUGAAGGACAGCACUCGAAAAAAACAGCAGGAUCAUGCAGUUGAAAUGAAAAAGUAUGAAGAAGCUCACAAGCUUAAAAUACGAAGAAAGAAAAAGGAGCUGUUGGACCUAAAUAAGAAAUCAGGUGAAAUCAAAGACAAAUACAAGGAAGCGUUUGAAAAACAAGAAGACUUCAUUCAAAAAAGAGAACAAGAGCUAGACUCUGACUUCAGCAAGAAAUGGGAUGAACAACAAGUAAAGCUUGAGAAAAAUGCUCUGGAUCUCGAAGCCGAGCUCGAGCAGAAGCAGCUACAGUUUGAAAAGGAGAUGGAAGAAAAACGUAUUGCUUUCGACAAGCAGCUUGACAGCCAAAUGACAGCCGAGAUAAAAAUGACUAAAGAAGACGGCACUACAUUGGAAAUGCGUGAAAAGGGACCAGGGAUAGUGACAGACUUUAUCAAUACUAUGAUGAAUUAGAAUACUAUAAUUAUACUAGAAAAAACUUGAUAAACACCUCACAACCGUAAAUGUUGUUCCUCAUUUGUGAAUGUAUAUCCUCUCGAACUUCAGUUACCCCA